AAAAUGGCGGCGGGUAGUGUCAACCCGUUUAAUGUCAGUGAUUCUGAGGAAGAAGCAGAGCAGAGACCGGAUGGCGUUGACAGGGAACGCAGCCCCAGUGAUAUUCCACAAGGCCAGACUAUCAGUCCAUUUUCUCCACAAGCGGACUCUGACCCAGCGGGUCUAUUACUGUCCAGUAACCGAACAAGUCCUAGUGUAGAAGGGAUUUCGGUAUCGGCCGCCGCAGCGGCUGCUACCGGAGGCAGCGCAGAGACACGGGUGUCAGUGGAUGUGAUCGCGGCUCAGCUUCUCCGGGAUCAGUACAUUCUCACGGCCCUUGAAUUGCACACCGAGCUCCUGGAAGCAGGCAGAGAACUGCCUCGGUUGCGGGAUUACUUCUCCAAUCCAGGCAACUUCGAGAGGCAGAGUGGAACUCCACCCGCUUGCAAAGAGCAGGGACUUGGACCAGGGGGACCACUCACUGCGCAGGUGCAGGAUAAAAAGAGAAGAAAAAACGAUGGUGUUCAAGUGAUCGACCGAGCUGGCAGCAUCAGCACGUUGGAUUCGCUGGACUUUGCACGCUAUUCAGACGACGGGAACAGGGAGUCAGACGAGAGAGUGGCAGUCCUGGAGUUUGAACUACGGAAAGCCAAGGAUACCAUACAAGCUCUACGCGCCAACCUGACUCAAGCUGCAGAGUGUGAAGUUCCAUCCCAGGAGCGGAAAAACUAUAAAUCCAGCCCUGAAAUCCAGGAACCCAUCCGCCCUCUUGAGAAAAGAGCCUUGAAUUUUUUAGUGAAUGAAUAUUUAUUGAAAAAUGAAUACAAGCUAUCGUCCAUCACGUUCUCAGACGAAAACGAUGACCAGGAUUUCGAGCUGUGGGACGACGUGGGUUUGAACAUUCCCAAACCUCCAGACCUGCUCCAGCUCUACCGGAACUGCGGCACCAGCCUGCCCUCUCCCAGGGACCGGGUGGACGCGGCCGUAGGGGUGGAGCCGGGAGACUUCCCCGACGGCUGUUACCCCCAGGAACCCGUGACGAAAGCUGAAACCAUACAGCAGACGGAGGUGGUGCAGGAGUUGGAAUACCAGAUCAGUUUACUGAACAGUGAGAAACAGAGCCUGAGUGGACAGAUUAAGAAACUGCAGAGUGAAAUUCAGACGCUUAAGAAGAAUGUCCCUGCUCCAGUCGCCGUGGAGACAGCGCAGUCCAGAUCGGAAUCGGCGUGUAACCAGGGCCCCGUGGAUAACGGGCAGUACCUGGACAUCCGAGGGGCUUCGGAGCCCGAAAGCGCCACGGACGUCGGCGCCGCCCCCCCCUCAGAUACCGUCAAAAUCACGGACAGCCUCCCUCCAGUGUCUCCUCCCACACAACCGCACAGCAAGUUAAAAAGCCAAGAGCAGCCUAACAAACCCCCCGUCCAGUUUGAUCAGCCCAACAGAAAGCUGUCUCCAGCUUUUCAUCAAGCACUUUUGUCCUUCUGUCGAACGUCUGCUGACAGCCGGCUGGGCUCGGAGGUGUCCCGUAUUGCUGACAGCGAGGAAAGCGUCAUGCUGAUGUUGGGACGCUGUCUGCCUCACAUCGUUCCCAACGUCCUAUUGGCCAAGCGCGAGAGAAUGGUUGUGCACCUUUGCCAGGAGCUGAUUCCACUCAUCCUGUGUACAGCCUGUCUUCACCCUGAACCCAAGGAGAGAGACCAGCUGCUACACAUCCUCUUCAACCUCAUCAAGAGACCCGAUGACGAACAGAGACAAAUGAUUCUGACGGGCUGCGUGGCUUUCGCUCGGCAUGUGGGUCCGACACGUGUGGAGGCCGAGCUGCUGCCUCAGUGCUGGGAGCAGAUUAACCACAAGUAUCCAGAGAGGAGACUGCUGGUGGCGGAGUCCUGCGGUGCCCUGGCCCCUUACCUGCCUAAGGAGAUCCGCAGCUCUCUGGUCUUGUCCAUGCUGCAGCAGAUGCUGGCUGAGGACAAGGCAGACAUGGUACGAGAGGCCGUGGUUAAAAGCCUGGGCAUUAUCAUGGGCUACAUCGACGACCCCGAUAAGUACUCACAGGGGUUUGAACUGAUGCUGCUGUCCCUGGGUGAUCCGUCAGAGAGAGUAGUCAGUGCUAUUCACCAGGUCUUUAUCCCUGCGUUUGCCGCCUGGAGCACGGAGCUGGGCAACCUGCAGUCCCAGCUCAUCCCAUCCCUACUGGCACGCAUUGAAAAACUGCUCAAACAGGGAGAACAUGGUCUGGAUGAGCAUAAGCUCCACACUUUCCUGUCUGCGCUCCAGUCUCUCAUUCCUCCUCUGUUUGCCGUGGUACUCCAGAACGCCCCCUUCACCAGCCGAGCCAAACUGCAGGGAGACGUGCCCCCCAUCGAGGUGACCCGGUUUCCUCGGCCAGCCUCACCGCUGCAGGACGUGGCCACCAUCGUGGGCAGUCGAGAGCAGCUCUCCGUACUGCUGCAGCUCUACGACCAUCAGCUCCAGCAUGAAGGCACCACAGGCUGGGAGAGCCUACUCUGGGUGGUCAACCAGCUGCUUCCUCAGCUGAUAGAAAUAGUUGGGCGGAUCAAUGUUACCUCAACCACCUGUGUCCACGAAUUUGCACGAUUUUUCUGGAGGUUUUGUCGAACGUUUGGGAAAAUAUUCACAAACACCAAGGUAAAGCCUCAAUUCCAAGAAAUCUUGCGUCUCUCCGAGGAGAAUGUGGACACCACAGCCGGUAAUGGCAUUUUGACAAAGGCCACAGUGCCUAUAUAUGCAACAGGCGUUUUAACAUGCUACAAUCAGGAGGAGGACCGUAAGCUACUGGUGGGCUUCUUAGAGGAUGUUAUGACCACUUUGUCCCUGUCCCAUGCUCCUCUGGACAGCCUCAAAGCCUCUUUUGUGGAGCUAGGGGCCAAUCCAGCAUAUCAUGAGCUGCUAUUGACAGUGCUUUGGUAUGGCGUGGUCCACACAUCUGCACUAGUGCGCUGCACUUCCGCGCGUAUGUUUGAGCUGUUGGUGAAGGGGGUGAAUGAAACUCUAGUAGCUCAGAGAGUUGUGCCAGCACUUAUCACUCUCUCCAGUGAUCCUGAAAUUUCGGUGAGAAUAUCCACUAUUCCUGCAUUUGGAACAAUUAUGGAGACCGUAACGCAAAGAGAGCUUCUGGAGAGAGUCAAAAUGCAGUUGGCCUCUUUUCUGGAAGACCCCCAAUAUCAAGACCAGCAUUCCUUGCACAUGGAGAUUAUAAAGACGUUUGGGAGGGUGGGGCCGAACGCCGAGCCACGGUUCAGAGAUGAGUUCGUCCUCCCUCAUUUGCACAAGCUCGCUCUGGCGAACAACAUGCAGACAGCAGACAACAAAAGGCUUGACAUUGCCACCCAGCUCUUCGAGGCCUACAGCGCGCUGUCCUGCUGCUUUAUUUCUGAGGAGUGGAUGGUGAAUCAUUUCCUUCCUGGUCUGAGGUGCUUGAGGACAGACAUGGAGCAUCUAUCCCCAGAACACGAGGUUAUUCUGAGCUCCAUGAUUAAGGAGUGCGAGCUGAAGGUGGAAAACAGGGGAAUGGGAGAGGCUCAAGGCUCUAUGUCAAUCGCAGCGAGCCUGGUGGGUGAAGAUGCAAAGACCAAGUUCCUCAGUAAGAUGGGUCAGCUGACCACCUCUGGGGCCAUGCUGGCCAACGUUUUCCAGAGAAAGAAAUGAGCACCGCUCGGGGAUGUAUCCCAUGAUUCUCUGCUGUCUGGGACCUCCUACUUGAAGUCAAACUGUCUGCCUUCAUUUUGUCUGUCUUUUCUUUUGACAGGCUUGAUUUUAUGUCUUAUUUAUGUCUUAUGACUCUAUUCCAAC